AUGCCUGGCCCCGGCUCGGCCCCGCCGCCAUCCGCCUCCCAAGGCCGGCCUCCUCAACAGUCGCCUCCAGCCAUUGACCCUUCGGUGAUCAAACUCACCAGGGGCACUAGCUGUGUCUUGUGCCAACAGCGCAAGGUUCGCUGCGACAAAAACAAGCCCUGUGCAAACUGCGUCAAGGCCGGUGCGGAAUGUCGAGUGGUCGCUCCGCAGCCUCCGAGACGCCGGCGCAAGAAGCUGCAGGAAAAGGACUUGCUUGAGCGGCUGCGCAAGUACGAGACUCUCCUUGCACAGAAUGGCGUCAAAUUCGAUGCCAUUGAUCCCGAGUACAGGGCCGAUGGUAACCCCGGCGACGACGUUGACGAGUUAGAGACCGACUUUGAGGGUUUAAAAACCUCUCCAGAGGCACUUGGCUGUUCUAAUCGCGGAGCCAGUGAGCAGCUGUUGAAAGACUCAUCCGAAGAUGAGGAUGACAACUUCAAGAAGGGGUCUUUCAUUCAUUCUGCCUUUGACAAGAUGUUUGAAAACCAAGAUGGCUUCCCGUUCAUCAUCGGGGGCUCCUUUGCUCCCGUCACUCACAUCCACCCUUCUGCCGUCCAGGUACUGCAGCUUUGGCAGAUAUACAUUGACAACAUUAAUCCCCUGUUGAAAAUCACGCAUGUACCUAGCAUCCAGAGCAAGAUCAUCGAGGCGACUUCUCGACCUCACGAGGCCCCAAAGAAUAUUGAGGCCCUCAUGUUCGCCAUCUACGUAAUCUCCAUAAACUCCAUUGAGGAUGCCGAAGUCCAGAGGAUUUUUGGAGAGACGAAACAGGAACUCCUGGGCAGGUAUUUUCCAGCACUCCAGCAAGCCUUGGUCAAUGCUAGUUUCAUGCGGAUUCCCGACCCUUUGACACUGCAGGCGUAUCUUUUAUAUCUUAUGACCGUUCGGUGGUAUAUAGACCCGAGGCAGGUGUUCUGCAUGAUGGGCAUUGCCAUUCGCAUUGCCCAGCGGAUGGGCCUUCACCGAGACCCGGACGGCUAUGGCCUCUCUCCUUUCGAGGUCGAACAGAGGCGGCGGUUAUGGUGGACACUUGUUUCUUAUGACCGUCGAGUUGGAGAGAUGACUGGUUCAACAGUCACCGCUCUCACCUCGGGCUGUGACUGCAAGAAGCCUUUGAACGUUAAUGAUUCUGACCUCCACGCAGAUGGCAAGGAACCGCCGAAACCACACACUGGGCCCACAGAAAUGCUUUUUGCCCUGACACGUGUCGAGCUCUCCAUGGCCGUGGCGAGCAACAGCAAUCGAGACAGCUUCAAGAUCAACCCGGAGAAGAGUGCCGGCUCCCCGCAACCCGGAAAGCCACUCGCUGUGACGGUCCGUCUGGCUGGCCAAGAUACUCCUCCGUACACUCUUGAAGGAUUCUGUGCUCACAUGGAGGGCACGUAUUUGACCCAUUGCGACGCCAAGAUUCCUCUUCACUUCUUCACCAUGACAAUGACGCGAGCGGCGCUCUGCAAGAUGCGAAUCAUCAACUAUCUUGUGCGGAGACACAACGGCGAACCCAUACCGCUAAACGAUGUGGAACGAGAUGCCCUCACCACGCAAGCCAUUGUUUGGGUAGAGCAUGAUAAUGUAGUCAUGUCCUCGGAGAGUCUUCGACCGUAUAGAUGGUACGCGAUGCAUUAUUUCCCGUUUCCAGCAUACAUGUUCCUUGUCCAGGAACUACGCAAGCGCAUGUCGGGGCCGCUGGUAGAGAGGGCCUGGGCGGCAAUCGAAGCGAAUUAUGACCUUCGGGGUUUAUUAUCCAAUCUUCACAGCCCAAUGCAUGGGGUUUUCAGCGGCCAAUUCGUCAAAGCCUGGGCAGCCCAUUACGAAGCCCAGCGAGCUGCAGGAAAGGAAAUUCCCAUACCGCGAUUCAUGAAGACUCUUCAGGAGCGUGUCGAGGCGAAGCGAAGGGCACGCUCAGAGAACCGUACUGGCCCCAGCCCCAGCCAGGAGCAGCCACCGGUGGCCUUUCCUCGGGCACGUAACCGCGAGAUGUCGUCGACCUCGCUGGACAACGCCGUUAUGAUGACUCCACCGGUGGACCAGACUGCCGGGUUCGGUACCACUCAGCCAGCCAUGGCGCCUCCUAGUUCGGCUUCUGGUGAUGACGGAGAGAUGGAUUGGUCAUUCCUCAUGGCUGGCUAUCAGGAUGCCGAUACGUUUCAAGGCUUCACGGGGCCUAAUCACGCUGGCUUCGGGAACGGCAUGAGCGGAUUCGGCGGGCCAGGAGGGCAGGGAGGAAAUAUGUUUGGAAACUAG